UUUGAACCCACUGCCUCAGAGGUGUGAGUGUUACCUCUUUGUUGGGGUAAGGCUGAACCUGAGGUUGUCGAGAGUUAAAUACAGGAAGAGAGACACGAACCCCCAGCAGGCAGGGCAGAUUAUUGGCAGAUCUGAUUGGCAGCCUGUCUGACUGCAAUUUCCUAGAAGAGAUUCAGGAUUCAGUGACGCGUUGUACAGUUGGAGAGUUUGAAAAUUCAAGAAGUAGCGAGCGGCUGGGAACUGAGUAGGAUCCAGUGUGCGCUCGCUCCCAGCGGUGCGGAGCGAUCAGUGCUGGCAAAGUGUCCUUUUUCUCUGUACUAAAACACUCAGAACUCCUGAUUGCCUCACGCUGGCCAUCUGCAGUGCCGUGGAAGUCAAGAGAGGGCCUGUUUCUACACAGUGGAGCUGACUGGCAAAAUCUGGGUAGCAAGCAUGGAAUGUGUCGACAAGAUUUGUAGUCUUGCUUUAGCUAUUUACAAACUCUGUGAUGAAGUCAAAGAGAAUCGCAACCAAUGCAAACGUCUGAGGAUUCGCAUCGAAGUGUUGACAGAAUCUGUGAAGACCAUUACGGAGCAGAAGCUGACCGGAGACUUCACUGACAUAGGGAAGGUUCUGAAAGAGUUGGUGGAGACACUGACGGGAACAGAGCAUUACAUUAAGCGCUUCACUGAAGGGCACAAAUUCUGCAAAUGGUUCAAUGCGUACAAAUUCAAGGAUCAUUUCGAGCAUUUGAACGAGAGGCUGAAUGAUGCAGCUCAAGCCCUGGGUUUAGCAUUGCAGACUGAACAGGUCGUCCAACUGAAAAGCAUCUUCAAGGCAGAAACCAGGAAGAAGGAGGAUAAGGAAGAUUCGGAAAAGGAUGCGAGAGAUCUGGAUAAGUUGAUGAAGGAAAUGAACCAAGAGCAAUGUCAGAGAGACCAUAAUAUUUGCCAGAGACUGCAGAGCACAAAUCUUGGCGUGGCGGAACUGAAAGAGGAUGUGAAGGAAAUCAAGCAACUGGUUAAGUCGAGCUCCUCUCUUGCAGAUCAUCAGAAACCGUCUGUUCCAGUGAAGAUCAAAGAAAUAAAGUGGGGAGACAUCCAGAUGAACAAUAAAGCCUUCCUGGAAACAGCCAACUCUACUUUUUACAAGGGGACAUACCAGAAAUUCCCAGUCGCCAUUAAACGCUUCAUUCACACCAAUUCAGCUGAGGUGGAGGAAAUUCGGGAAAUUUUUCACAAAGAAGCUGAAACGAUGAAUUACUUUAAUUCACCGAACAUUGUCCGGUUUUAUGGGAUCUGCAUCCAUCAGAUAGGUGACAACACUGUGUUUUUCAUUGUGAUGGAAUAUUGUGACCUGGGGAGCCUGAGCUAUGUGCUGCAGAGUGAGCGACCUCUCAGUUGGAAGGAGCGUGUCCAGAUGUCAUUGGAUGCAGCCCGAGGAUUAUACAGGCUGCAUCAGACAGAGGAGACGAAUAAACUUCACUGUUGUCUUAACAGCACGAGAUUCCUGGUUGACAAAGGUCUGGUAGUUAAGCUGGGAGGACUGGACUUAGCAAGGACAGAAACCUCGAUUCGAAGGAACAUCCACAAGAAGCAAGUGGGUCGAAUGAUGCCAUACGCUUCACCACAACAACUGAAUGACAUCAACUACCCAUAUGACAAGGCCUGUGAGGUUUACAGCUUCGGGAUAGUCCUGUGGGAAAUAGCCAGUCGUAAAGUACCCUUCAAGGACAUUACUGAUGAGGCCCUCGAUAAAAAGGUCCGUGAAGAGCAAUACCGUGAACCGCUCCCGGACGACUGUCCCAAAGACCUCCGUGAACUGAUUGAUGAGUGCCGCUCCUUCGAUCCCAUUGAGCGUCCCACAAUUGGAGCUAUUGUCGACAGGCUCGCAAACAUUAUGCAAACAUUGAACGAGUAGCUACCUCUCUGUGGUAGCCAGUGUGCGGUUCAAUAUCGUUUCACCAGGUGUCGCCACGCCAUGUUUACGUGCCAUCUUCUAAAGACACCCUCAUCUUGUCAUUCCUCCCUGCUGUUUUCUUGUGUCACAAAGUCAUGUUACCCCCAUGAUUUCUCCCCACCCCCCCUCCCACAGGACACUGACCAACAACUGAAACGUGGAAGAAUGAUGAUAAUUGUAUUUAGAAGUAAUUAAUUUUACUUGGUGUAAGUGUUUAAGCAAUCUGGGUUGCUACCCUGUGUGAAGGGCACUAUAUAAAUUGUUGUUUAACUGAAUUUAGACGUCCAGAGGAUUGCGGUGUGUGUGUGUGAGCGCCAUUGUUUUCAUAGCAGCUAAUGAUCCGUUGCCAUGCUCGGUGCCACAUCUUCCAUACCACGAUGGGGUGCUGAGACGAAAUACAUCUCUGAAAGCUUGUUUCUGUUCUUCCAUAGUCUCAUAUUUCUGAUUUGUAACAGGGAGGAUAAGAGGACUUUCUGGACACCCUGUCGACAGCUCCACACCGGUCAUACGCACCAAACGCACAACGUCCCUAAACCAUUUCUUUUUUGUCUGUUACAAUCUCAGUCUUUGAUUAUGUUGCUUCCAGUUUCGUUUGCCUCAUGAUUUGCCCUCGCCUUCAAAUGCCUUGUGUGCCUUACCCCACCCUGUCUAUCUCUGCAAUCCCCUUCAAUUUACUUCAUUCCCCUGCCCCACCAUCAGUGGGAGAGCCUUCAGACACUUUUCCCCCUUUCUCUGAAACUCUCUCCUGCAGUUGCUCCACCUUGCGCCUUAUCUCUCUUGCUUAUAAAAAUUCCACUUGGAGAACUCGUUCUAGUCAGCCACUCCCUCCACUCAGCUCCCUCAUAGUUCAAGCUCCUUCAGAACCUCUCACCCCCCCCAACCUUGCCCGGCUUACCCUGAAUUUUAACACUGUGACCCCUGGUUAUAGUUUCUCCAACCAGGGGAAAAAGUCU